AUGUCACCUACCGAUUUCGAAAUCUUUGCCCCCGAGUUUGACAAACGAGAUGAUUGUGUCGACGUGACCUUUUGCGACGGCACGGCCGAAACAUAUGACAUGCUCAUUGGUGCUGAUGUUGACUCUAUCAACAUGGGCAUCUACAUGUGCAAGACGCUGCGCAUCUCAAACACAAACAAGCUGAUCACGCUCUACGUUGCCACCGGGAAGCGAAUGUUGAUGACCCAUAUUCAAUCCUAUACCAAGUAUAAGUUCACAUGGGCGUCCGCGGCACACGAGAAGGAGCUGGGCGGUGUACGCGCUCAAGAUGUGGAUGCGCAGAAAGCAUUCUUUGGCGGGCUGUUCCAGAACGCCGGGUUGCGCGCCGAGGAGCUCGUCGGGUCCAUUCACAAAGCCACCGACUUUUACGUCUCGUCGACGCACAUGAUUUGCAGCGGCAUGUGGUCUGCGAACCGCGUCGUGCUCGUCGGCGACGCGGGCUACUUGCCGACGCCCCUCUCAGGCUUCGGCACCAGCGUAGCGCCGAUUGGAGCCACGAUGCUCGCGGGCGAGAUUGCCAAGUAUGGGCUGGAGCAGCUGCCUAAGGCUCCCGAAGCGUAUGAAAAGAGUUUUCGUCCGUACGUGGAAAAGUCGUAG